GGAAACCAUGCAUUGGGAGUCCAUUAAGUUAAACAAGAAUUCACUCUUUCUCUUUAUUCUUCAUUUUCAACAAUGGACAGAAACAGAACCCAUUCCCUCAGACACCUUGCUGCAAUCAAACAGUCCCUCUUUGAUCAGGGACAUCUGGAUGAGCAGUUUAUCCAACUGGAAGAAUUGCAGGAUGAUGCUAAUCCUAACUUUGUUGAGGAAAUUGUCACUCUUUACUACCGCGAUUCCUCCAGGCUUAUCUCUAACUUGGACCAAACACUCGAAAGGAACCCACUGGAUUUCAACAAACUGGACACAAUCAUGCACCAGUUCAAAGGAAGCAGCUCAAGCAUCGGAGCCAAAAAGGUGAAAGCAGAAUGCACUCUGUUUAGGGAAUAUUGCAGGGCAGGAAAUGCAGAAGGAUGCAGGAGGAGCUUCCAACAAAUGAAGAAGGAAUAUGCAGCACUCAGAAAGAAACUUGAAACAUAUUUUCAGCUGGCUAGGCAAGCUGGGCCCUUGGAAACAGCAUUUCGGCCCAAGUAAAGAGGUUAUGGAUGUGCAUUUGAUGAAGGCAACAUGUAAUUGGUGAAUUUUGUAACUGAAAGAAAGAAGAAGAAUACAUAUUUCACCACAUGAUUAGGAAAGGCAAUAGGACCCCUUUGGGGAUACUAAUACUAUGCUUCCAAAUAUCAGUUUUGUUUUCAAAUGCUCAAGGAAAGGAAUCUUGCUCUAGAGCUCUUUAGUUUACAUCAAAAUACAAGCAAUGUCAUUGUAAUUCUCUAUGUAACUUAUUUGGGCUCAAUCAUCACAACUCUCUUCAUUUUAUUUUUCUAUGAUAUGUAAAAAUUGAAAAGGAAAAAGCCACAACCCUUCCCAAAGCAA